AUGUCGCAAACCAUUUGGUCAAAUUCAAUGCCUUUUCGAUUGACGAACCUUCAAGGAUCAAAUGCCGUGUUGGAGCACGAUGAACGACGUCUUUACUUGACUCGUCGAGAAGAUUCGAAUUUGUGGGAAGUAUACUUAAAGAACUUUGAGGACGUUGAAGUAGAUGAAAUUGUUCAGUUGGCUUUUCAGGCCAUUUUCACUACGCUUCCUAUCAUCAAGGGUGAAGUCACCUUGAAAUGGGAACCUUUAGCUUCCUAUAAAGGAAAACUGACUCUUCCUGUAUUCUUCAACGAAGAACAGGGAUGUAUCAGCACUGAUCGUAUGGCGUUUUGGCAAAUUGCUACUCCUUGGAUCACCAACAAACAACCUGAAUGGCCCUUGUCUUAUCUACCAAACCAAAAAAUCCGUCGUCCUAAUGCACCAAAGCCUGGAACCAUCUUGUAUGAGCGUUUCAUUCCUAGUUUAAAUGAGACGUUGUCAUUUGUUGCCUUAGACAUUGAUCAACAUUUACAAUACUUCCACGAAUGGCAAAAUAACCCUCGUGUUAGCCAUUUCUGGACUGAAACCGGAAAUUGGGAUCAACAUCGUGAUUACCUUCUCAAGCUACAAAGUGAUCCACAUGCGUACGCUGUCAUCGGCUGCUUUAACGAGCAACCGUUUGGCUACUUUGAGGUUUACUGGGUUCCAGAGGACCGAAUCGCUCCCUUUGCCCAGCCUUGGCAUACACAUGAUCGCGGGUUUCAUGCCCUUGUAGGCAAUGAACAUUUCCGCGGUCCUCAUCGUGUUCCUGUCUGGUUAUCCAGUAUUACCCAUAUGCUCUUCUUGGAUGACUCUCGAACCCAACGUAUUCUCCUUGAGCCCAGAAACGAUAACAAAAAGUUUAUUGAUUACCUUAUUGCUGAGAACUACUGUAAGCGUCUCGAAUUUGACUUUCCUCAUAAACGAGCUGCUUUCAUGGAAAUCACUCGCACAAUGUUCUUUUCUUGCCUUGGUCCCCGUAUUUAA